UGUUCGUUACUGAAGAACCUAAAUAAUUGUCAAAAUUUCAAAACAUCAUAACACAUUUUUGACAAAUAUUAGGUAACCAAUUUUUCAAAAAUACAGCAGAAUGGCAUCAUUACUGCGACAGGUUGCGAAAGCAAUACGAAAUCCACAAAUUUACAACCAGGUCGGUGCGAACAUCGGUCGUGGAUUUUCUACGGGAACAGUUCGUUUGGAAAAGGUGGAGACGAGACCGACUGUGCGUAAAUAUAAUCCACUUCUCAAGACCCAACUGACCGAGUUCGGGCAAUACGUCGCGGAGUGUUUGCCAAAGUAUAUUCAGAAAGUACAAAUAGCAGCAGGUGAUGAAUUGGAGCUGCUUAUUGCACCUGAAGGUGUUCUUCCCGUAAUGCAAUUCUUGAAAGAUCACCACAACGCACAGUUUGCAUCCUUAGCUGAUGUUACUGCUUUGGACGUACCCAGUAGGCAAUACAGAUUUGAGGUUGUGUACAACUUGCUUUCACUUCGUUAUCAAGCUCGCGUUCGCGUGAAGACGUACACCGAUGAAUUGACACCUAUUGAAUCAAUCUUUGACGUGUAUAGAGCUGCAAAUUGGUACGAACGUGAAGUAUGGGAUAUGUAUGGUGUGUUUUUCGCCAAUCAUCCAGAUUUGAGACGUAUUCUUACCGAUUAUGGAUUCCAAGGGCAUCCUCUUAGGAAAGAUUUUCCGCUCAGCGGAUAUGUUGAGGUACGAUAUGAUGAUGAACAAAAACGUGUGGUAGUAGAGCCGUUAGAGUUAGCCCAAGAGUUUAGAAAAUUCGAUUUAUCUGCUCCAUGGGAACAGUUCCCGAACUUUAGGAAAUCACACAAAACGGAAGAAGUUCCUAUAGAUAAAAAAUAAAGUUAUGUACUUUGAUUACAAUGUGCAAAUACAUGUAUUUAUUGUGUAAAUAAUUAUUUGUACCUGUAA